CGGCGGAGCGCGUCUCGCGCACAAAGCGCUCUCAGCGACUUUAGUCUUGAUGUGAUUCCUCACUGACAGGGUGAGAAACCCAGACUUUCUGCUGAGGGUAGCCCCCUUGGAACCGAAUGAAGAAACAAAUCUUGCUACUUUUCACAUACCGCGGACUAGUGAGAAAAGGGAAGAAGAGUAAAAGGAGAAAAUGGCCAAUUUUAUGUUACGGAAAGCCGAGCCCGAGGACGUGCCUGACAUACUGCGACUCAUAAAGGAACUUGCAAAGUUUGAGGAAAUGGAGGAACAGGUCGUUCUGACCGAGAAAGAGCUGCUCGAGGACGGUUUCGGAGAUCAUCCGUUUUAUCACUGCGUCGUCGCUGAAGUACCGAAAGACAGACAGUCCGUUGAAGGUUAUACAGUAGUUGGCUUCGCUAUGUACUACUUCACCUAUGACCCCUGGAUCGGGAAGCUGCUUUAUCUGGAGGACUUCUAUGUCAUGAAGGAGUUCAGAGGUUAUGGGAUUGGCUCUGAAAUCCUGAAGGUGCUGAGUGAGACGGCAGUGAAGACUCGAUGCAGCGGCAUGCACUUCAUCGUAGCCGAGUGGAACACGUCGUCCAUCGAGUUCUACAAGCGGCGCGGAGCGUCUGAUCUCUCGCACGAGGAGGGAUGGCGUCUGUACGAGAUCGACAAGUGCAACCUACUCAAGAUGUCAUCCAAGUAGACGCCAGCGCAGGAGGAAACCUUCCCCAGAGGAGGAUCGUGACUACAGCUAUUGUCUGGUCAACAGUACAGCUAUUGUUCAUCACACCUGCAGCGCAUCAAUCAAAUAAAGCUUUUACUCUGAGAAA